AUGACUUCAAAUCCUUCACGCCACUCCGUCGUAAUCGUCGGUGGUGGAAUUACAGGCCUUGCCCUUGCCCUCAUGCUCCAGCGUCAAAAUGUCGACUAUGUUCUUCUCGAAGCUUACGGCAGCGUAACACCAAAUGUCGGAGCCAGCAUCGGAUUGUGGCCAAAUGGUUUGAGAGUCCUGGAUCAACUCGGCGUGUAUGAGGACAUCUGUGCUGUAGCACAGCCAGUCGACCGAAGUAUCGUACGCGAUGGAAAGACGGGGGCUAGGCUCAUGACACGAAAAUAUGGACCAGUUCUCAAAGCACGCCAUGGAUAUGUCAACAUGUUCAUGGAACGCUACGAGCUGCUUCGUGUUCUUUACCGUCACGUUGCUGAGAAGGAUCGGAUAUUGGUGAACAAGAAGGUGGUGAGGAUAGACUCUGAUGACGAUAAGGCCACAAUUCACACAAGAGAUGGAUCCGUGUUUGAGGCUCAGAUUGUGGUCGGCGCAGAUGGCGUACACAGCGCGGUCCGCAAGGAAAUGUGGCGCAAUGCGGACGAAAGCGAUCCAGCAGCGAUACCAAAAUGCGACAGGGAGAACAUUCGGUGCGAGCAUGCGUGCAUUUUCGGUACUGCGAAGCCACAGCCAGACGUCAAGCAGGGAGAGGUUGUCGGAGCCUCAACAGAAGGAACCACGGCUGGCGUCAUGGUCGGACCCAAGAAGGAACUAUUCACCUUCUGGUUCUGGCAGCUUCCUGAGGAGAUGCGCUCUUGUCCCAUUGAUGCCAUUCCGCGCUUUGACGACGAGGAGAAGCAGCGCCAGCUCAACCGCGCAGCAAACACCAUCAUGUCUGACUCGGGCCUCCGCUUCCAACAAGUCUCCGAGACCUUGGAGUAUAGCGUCGUGACGGCACUGCCUCACUUUGUGCUCCGCCGUUGGCACUUUGGCCGGUUGAUCGUCCUUGGCGAUGCUGCUCACAAGUUCAACCCACUCGUUGGACAGGGUGGAAAUAGUUGUAUCGAAUCUUGCGCGUCCCUUGUCAAUGCUUUACAGUCAACCUUGAAGACACAGCCAUCAAGUCGCCCGGAUGCCUGGUCCAUUACAACAUUGUCCUCGGCUUUCACUGCUGUUGAACAACAGAGAGUUGGUCGACUGGUUGACAUGGUUGACAAAUGCCAGGAGGCCAUGCGAAAUUCUGCUUGGGAGACUCCCACCAGGCGGUUCAUGUUCAAGUACAUUGUCCCACUAUUCACUCUGUCACAGUUUGUCAAUUUUCACAGCGAUCUGAUUACUGCCGGCGUACGAUUGAACGACUGUGAAAUACGACCGAAGAUCCACGAGUGGCUCUACGAUGACGAACAACAAGAGAAACAAAAGGCAAAGAGGAUUGACGCCACCCGAGUAAUCACAACCGUGGGACUGGUCACAGCGGCGGCUGCUAUAUUGCUCCGGAAUCAGCAUGUCGUGGGCCAGGUACUCACCAAAUCAAAAGCCGUGUUAUCGCAAUCAUAA